AUGGUGGUCACAGUGCUGGAGCUGGCUGAAGAAUUGAAGUCAAUUGAGGCUAGGAUGUUAAGCUCCACAUGGUCGUUUGCUGAAGCACAGGCGCAAUUCCUCGUCAAUGAGCUGAGUUUUGGUUACACCGGCAGAAUAAAUGACCGGGGACAAGCAUCAGUCCCAGGAUUCUCCAUACAAGGCACACCAGACGCACCCGAAAUCCUCUCCAACAAAAUAAUCCUAACGCCGCCGGCACCCGGUAACACACGAGGCGCGGUAUGGGCGGACCAGCCGAACCGGUAUUCACAAUGGGUAGCCGAUGUCGACUUUAGAGUGAACGGCCCUGAAAGGGGUAGUGGUAACCUCAACAUCUGGCUGGCAAGACAGGGGAACCAAGAAAUUGGUUCGUCUAGCGUCUACACGGUUAACAGAUUUGAUGGUUUAGCUCUUGUGAUCGACCAACAUGGUGGCUCGGGUGGAAUGAUUAGGGGUUUCUUGAACGACGGCACUACCGAUUUCAAGUCGCACCACAACGUGGACAGUCUCGCUUUCGGGCACUGCAACUACCCCUACCGUAACCUUGGUCGACCCUCUCAGAUCAAGUUAAGACAAACGUCUCAGGUAUUUAAGGUGGAGGUCGAUGGUCGAUUAUGUUUCGAAAGCGACAAGAUCACUCUGCCGCCGGGAUAUUACUUUGGUAUCACGGCUGCAGCAGGAGAUAACCCGGAUUCCUUUGAGGUAUUCAAGAUGGUCACUAUGACGGAAGACCUCAAUGCCAAACAUGAUGGAUAUUCGCAGCAGCAGCAACAACAGAGACAACAAAACCAGAACCAAGCACAAGCACAAAUGAGCUAUGGUCGCACGAACCAAAACAACCAAAACAACAGAGGCGACUUUGAUGACUCCAUUCCCGAUUCGCUAGCCGACACCAUAACGAGCUCCAAGGAGCAAUUUGCAGACUUGCAUAACCGUCUACAAAGCGUCAACCACCAUCUCUCUACUAUCUUCCGACAGGUAGCGAGUUUGGGUAACCUCGGUGAGAAGCGACAUGAGGAAGUCUCCAAAUCGGUGAACGAUGUGAAACUAUUACUAGCGAAACUAGACAACAUCGACUUGCUCCGAGGUGAAAUUAGCAAACUGCAGCGGGACGUGAGGGACAUCAACUCCAAGGUGAAGGACUCAGAGAACGCCUUGAAAUCUUUCAUAGGUACAAACCACGGCAACAUGCUAGAACACGUGGCAGUCCAGACUACGCCCCGACACGGAACACUCAUCUUCGUCAUCAUUGGAACUCAAGUAUUAAUAGUGGCGGCUUAUAUCUUUUACGAGCGGAAGAAGAUCAUGCCCAAGAAAUAUCUAUAG